AUGCUUAAGGUAUUUGCAAACUUCAAUUGUGUUCGUGACCUCUCCAAGUGUCGUUCCAUUCAGGGGAAAAUGUGGUUUGCUCAGCCCAAGGAUGCCAGUUUUUCAUUUAGCCACGAUAUCAAUAGUCAUUUGGCCAGCCUCUGCAUUGUUGGAAACACGAUCCCCACUCCCGACCCUGCUAUUAAGGAGAAAGCUUUAUGUGCUCUGGAUAACUUGAAUGCAAGUAUUGAAAAUCAGGGCCAGAUUAAGAUGUACAUCAAUGAAGUGUGUCGGGAAACUGUGUCACAUUGCUGCAAGUCAUUUCUGCAGCAGGCCGGAUUAAAUUUGUUAAUAAGCAUGACCAUUAUUAAUAACAUGCUUGCCAAGUCCGUUUCAGACUUGAAGUUUCCUUUGAUAGCAGAGGGAAGUGGAUGUGCUGAGCUUCAGGUUUUGAAACUGGUGAUGGGUUUGUCUGAAAAGCCAGUCUUGGCAGGGGAAUUGCUGGAUGCCCAAAUGCUGCUCUCCUUCAUGUCCCUCUUCAUGAGGAACGGAAACACACAGGUUCUCCUGGACACCCUGGCCUCUUAAAUGGCUAUCUCAAACAGAAUGGAACUGAAUCUGCCCAAGACCCUUCUGAUGAACACACACUUGUGUUUUCAUUCAAAGAACCUGCAGUGGGUGCUGUUGAAGAUCCAGCCUUAACCCAUCACCACAUCAUGGGGUGAAAGUUACACUUGCUAAAUUGAGGACCACACUCUUAUUGGCCAGGCAGGGGAUCCUAUUUCAGAUGCUGUGACUCCCUCUCUCACUGACCCUCCCCUGCUCACACUGUCUCUCUCUCUCUCUCUCUCUCAAAAAUAAAUAAAACAUUUAAAAAAAAAUUAUUGGCCAGGCAGGAGUUCCCACGGGGCUUUCAGUAACUUCUUGGUUUUGCAGUCCGCAGGCAAUGUGUAUUGUCAGUCACCCCCUUGCAGCCUUCUUCCUGUGGUAAAGGGAUCAUUUCAGCUGCCAGCUGUGGAUACAGAACAUCUUAUUAUAGCAUCAUGAGGGAUGCCUUGCCGGUGGUGGUCUCCCUGUCUAAGCGGGACCAUUUUAUGGAGACCAGACACAUAUCAGAGGUUGUGCUGAAAAUGCAUUUGUUGCCGCUUAGGUUGAAUUCUUUCUCAUUUACUCCUUCUUCUGUGCGAGCUGAUGGAUGGUCAACCUAUUCAUCAAAAAAGUACACCCCCCUUCUAUGUGCUGUACUGACUUAACCUUAUCCACCCAAGCCUACGUUUGUAUGUAUCACCAAUAAAGUUGUGUGCUUUGAUUGGCAAA